AUGACACAGCUACCACCGGAAACAGUAGAGCUUCUAAAACUGACACUCAAACUUUACAAUACCAUCGAAAUUGAUGAAAUCAUCGUGUUUACAAAAGAAUUACAAUACGUAGGAGCCUUUAACAGUAUCGAUCAACAAACAGAGCCAGAAUUGUCUGAAGAUAAAAUAGAUGAGUAUCGUAAAUUGAUUGAAGCAGUAGGAUCAAAUGAUAAAAAGUUAGUUAACUUCAGUUCUGGACCAAAUGAAAAGUACAUCUGUCAUGUAUUGGGCAAAUUUGUUGUGUUGUAUCGCUUAAGUUCAGAGGUUGGCCAAGGCAGCGAUACGCAAAAGACGGUUUAA